AGAAGGCUCCCUCUCCUUUCUCACCUUUCUCACCAUGCGGUGUUAGUGAUUUUCCUCCCACCUUCCCCCUUUACGUGUGUGCAGGGAUUCUUUGGUGUACCAACGGGAAUCCCCAAGCUCUCAACACAACUGGGUCGUGACAGACGACUGACCCACACUACAGUCUCACCCCAAUAAUGCAAUUCUUGAACCGGUGGCGAUGAUGGCCAGGACUAGGAAAUUCUGGAGUCAUUCAAAAGCAGCAGCAGCUCUGAUCUGGGUUUCCUCUGCAAUUCUCUUCUACUGUGUUCUCCGAAUGGCCCUUCGAAAUUCUUCCCCUAUUAAUCAUCCCAGUUCCUCCACUUCUUCUUCAGAUGCUUCUAUUUCAAAUGCGGAAAAAAGGGCUAUAAUUUAUGAAAAGAUGGCGAGGGAUUUGGAUGAGCAUGGGGCAGCUUUUCUUAAGCAUGGAGAAACUUCUCAGUCAUUGUCACUUUCUGAUCUCUUUGCUAUAAAGGAUGGAUCCGUAACACCUAUCCUCAAGGCUGCCAUCCCUCCUGUGCGAGCUAAUGUUUUAUAUCUUCGUCCAGAGUACUCGGUUCAUAUCUCGGAAGCUGUAAGGAGUGUAUUCCUCCCCCACUUUGACAAAAUGAUCUGGUUUCAGAACUCAACCUUGUACCAUUUUAGCAUGUUCCAUGCCUCCCACCAUAUUGCACCUGUUCCUGCCACAGAAUACGAGAUCAAAGCUGAAGCAAAUGCCGUCAAAGCAGUUGCAGAGGGUCUCUGCCCUUUAAAAAUUGUCUUAGAUAGGGUGGUUUUGACUUCAACAGGGGUGCUUCUGGGGUGCUGGCAGGUUACCUCUGGAACAGAUCCUGUAACCAUUCGUGCUAAACUGAGAUCUGCUCUUCCGUGUGCCCCGGAGAAACAACUUUAUGAUGCUGCUAUUCUUCAUACAUCAUUUGCAAGGCUACUUGGUCGGCCUAAUACUUCACCGGCGGAGGCAGAUGAAACUCGUUUUUUCCAUGACCUAGUCACACGACUAAACAACAAACUCAAUGGAUUCCAGGCAAUGGUUAGUGAGCUCUGGUAUGUAGAGGAAUUUGACGUUUUGGCACUUGCGUUGGAUGGCAAAAUGAAGGUUCGAAAGUUCCAACUCGGCUGCUCACAAACCUGAGGAUGCCAAAGCUUGUGAAAUAUGAUAUCUGAACGAGGUUUAUCCAUCAAGAUGUGGUUUUCUAUAAAAAUUAUGACACUGCAAGUGCUGUCCCGUGACCGUGCUCUGAUAAGUUGAAGUUCUAGUUGCCCUCUUCCGUAUUUUUCUCGUGUGUCUUCCGUGUUUCAUCGCUUAGAAGAAGCAAUAUCAUAUAAUCCCGGGGGUUAUAUUGGUGACCUAAUGGCAGGGGAGCCGGUGACUGAAGCCCUUGUGAACGGUGGCCGUAAUUGGUCUUGAGAUAGCAAAAUUAUAUAUUCAAUUGUCUCUUUACAGCUGAAGUAUUAUCAUUGGUGUGUAAUUUGAUGCUACAUUGUUUCAUUUUCGUAUUCCAUUAAGUUUUCUUUUUUA